AUGGCUUCCAGGCAAGCAGCAGGAGCCCGUCCGGGCGCAAGAUUUGCUCAGUUCAAGCUUGUCCUUCUUGGAGAGUCCGCCGUCGGAAAGAGUUCGCUAGUCCUCAGAUUCGUUAAAGACCAAUUCGAUGAUUAUCGCGAGUCGACGAUCGGAGCCGCCUUCCUGACACAGACCAUCUCCCUCGAUGAUACCACCACAGUCAAGUUCGAAAUUUGGGAUACCGCUGGCCAGGAGCGUUAUAAGUCGUUGGCUCCGAUGUACUAUCGGAAUGCCAACUGCGCUGUGGUUGUCUAUGACAUCACUCAAGCUUCGUCGCUAGACAAAGCAAAGUCAUGGGUGAAGGAACUCCAGCGCCAAGCAAAUGAGAACAUUGUGAUCGCCCUGGCAGGCAACAAGCUCGAUCUUGUCACAGAGAGUCCUGAUAAGCGAGCAAUCCAAGAGGCCGACGCCGAGGCCUACGCACGUGAAGCCGGCCUGCUAUUUUUCGAAACCUCUGCCAAGUCCUCGAUAAAUGUCAAGGAACUAUUCACCGCCAUCGCCAAGAAACUACCUCUGGAUCAGGCCGGCCCUCGGAACAUGCGGGCGACCCCCCGGCCCGGCGUUGACUUGCGACCAGAGGCCCCUGGAACCCAGGGUGCCGGUGCGUGCAAUUGCUAA